GGAAGUGGUGACCAAAUGCGUCCGACGCUGUUUGCCAGUCGGGUCCGGAACGAAGUAGUCUCUGUAUAUUUGUUGUUCGACGGCUAUGAAGAAUGGGCGGACAACCUUAACCCUAUUCGACCUGGCGCAUUUUCCCAUCAUAUCAGCUUUCAAGAAGAAGAGCGAGGCUGGAUAGUGAUGGCAAGAGAAGAAGGGGAAGGCCAGGAAAAGGGCUUUAAGCUGUUGGGGAUCCUAGAUGUCCAGAGGACACCGUGUGCCAGAGACGCCAUCCUGCAUGGAACUGGAGGCUCAGUAGCUGCUGGCCUGCUUUUCUUUCUUUCCACCAGUCGAGUAAGGCGCUCCUUUGAUGUCGGCUUUGCAGGCUUCAUGCUCACCACUCUCGGGUCUUGGUUUUACUGCAGAAUGAACAAUGUUAAGUUACGGGUGCAGCAGAGGGUCAUACAGGACGGCAUCCGGAACAAGGUAGUGUACGAGGGAACAUCUCUUGACCCGACUAACAGACCCAGAGCAGACGCGCCAUCUGGCCCCCCGUGACGCCCAGCGCCUCGUCUCUACAGCAGACAGAAUCAAAGCGACACAGACUGCUGCCUCUGGGAAGGUUUUAUUUCUGUUGGCUUGGAUGUCGAAAGUUUCUGCUACUGGGGGAAGUGGUCUGUUAAAGCAGAAGUUUUCAAAGUUGCAUUUAUACAUAAAAACUUUUUCCAAUACAAACAGGAAACUGGUCUUGAAGUUUGAACUGAGAAAUAUAUAAAUGUUUUUUUCUUGAAUCAACUCCCAAUAACGUAUUUAUCUAAGAUGUUCAUUUCUGGAACAAUUAAUAAACAAAUUAAAAAUGUUCA